CGACGGAAACUGCACAUUGUAUCCAUAAAUAUAAAAGCGUCUUCAACGACCAUGUGAGUAGCUCAAUAGCCUAUCACAGAGCGUUUGUGUUACUCUGGCACCUUGCCCCCGCCCCUUCAGUGCACAGGGCCAAUGGCGUGUUAGGAAAGGACGGCGAUAGAGUGGACUAGUGGAAAUGGAGUCUCGUCUGAAGGUUCUCCGGUUAUUUAAAGUCCUUCACAGAACAAGACAGGACGUGUUCAAAGACGAUAUUAGAGCUCUGACGGCUGCUAGGAAUAAAAUAAACGAGGAAUUUAGGAAAAAUAUGCAGGAAACAAAAGCUGAAAACAUAAACCAGAUGAUUAAAUUUGGGUCAGAUGUUGAGGUUGUUCUUCGUGAAACCGUAAUACAGGGAGUUCAUGUGGAAGACAAUAAAAUAUUACUCCGUCCGAGGGACAGUCUGCUUUUGGAGAAUGUACCAUACAGUGAUACCCCAAGAAAGAAGGCAUGAGUCAAAGGGACUUGAGUAGAUAUAUAUAACCUGAGAUCAUUUUGUAAGAUAUUUCUGCUUGUCGUUAUUAACCACGAGUUUUGAGUAUGUGUACUGUCAUGAAAAUGUAAUGGUAUUUAUGAUUCCAAAAGGAAAAUGUCAUAUCGUCUAUGAACUCGGGAACUACUGUAAAUACACACUUAAGAUAUUAUGAACGAAAUAUAUUAAAUAUGUGAAAUGUAAUUGUAGAUGAUACAGGUGACUGAAUUGUAAUUCACAAUUUCAUUUGUCUGUAUAAAAGAAAGCAUUUUCAGGUUGUAUUUAAUCAUGAGCCCAAAAAAAUAAAUUGGUGAUCGAUCAUGUGGGCCUGCGGCAUCGAAAACAUUACGAGACCUCUAAGGUUGUAGCGUGACGUAGAAUGAACAAGGUGACGGUGUCGUUUUGAGUGUGCGAUAUUAUUCUUACUAACAUGUCUAGACAAAACAAAAUCGAACAUCUUUUGAAGUGUAAGGCCAAUUUUAGAAAUAAUCUACUCGGAGAGUUUAUCGGAGUUGGAAUAUUGAGCAGUUAAGGUGUUGAUUCAGCGGCUUGCAAAGAUAUACUGUAGCGCAGUAAUCCACUUUAACACUAGAUGGUGUGGAACAACACCUUAAAAAUUUAUCCUUUCCCUGUACGGUCGUUAAUUGCGUAAAAUUUCCCAGUUGUAUGAGGCAGUUAUGAUCAAAACUUUUAAUUAAACAUUUGACUGGAGUCACUGUUU